AUAUGGAUUAGUCAAAAAAACAACAGAGAAUAAAUUGAGCAAAAAAACCCCAAUCAAGAAAAAGAGAGGUUUUCUCCAAUUGUGUCGUAAAAUUCUCACAUUCACAAAGAUGUCUGGCUGCACAACUCGUUCGAAGAAAGCUCAAGAGGUGCAGCAGCCGGAGAAUCAGUUGCGUGCUAAGUGGACAGCAUCGUUGACAAAGGCCUUGGUAGAGUUGAUGGUAGAGGAGAUUCACAAGGGAAAUAAAUCAAGCAGAUCCUUUAGUAAGAAAGGGUGGAAAUUCAUUUGUGAUAACUUCCGCAUUCAAACCGGUUAUUGGUGGGAUAAUGAGCAACUAAAGAGUCGUUAUGUUGCCCUAAGAAAGCAGUAUGUUACUGUAGCUUUGCUACUCGAUCAACCUGAUUUUCAGUGGGAUGAGGCAACAGGUGCAAUCAUGGCUUCGAAUGAAGCAUGGGACGGAUACAUCAAGGAACAUCCCGAUGCUGAGAUGCUGAGAUCAACCGGCUGCUCGAUAUACAAUCAUCUGAGAACAAUAUUUGCAGAGCCAGAUACAAACGGUGCACAAAAUGGAUCGGCCACAGACGAUCAAGGAAUAUCCAUGUUUCCAGAACAUGCGGCUGUGAAAGAGGAGGAACUCUCACCGUCAGAGUCAGAUAAGUACAUGGAUAUGGCAAGCCGCAAGAGGGGCCGGAGAGGGUUAGAGGAUGCUAUUGCAAGAGGGAUAAUGGAGAUGGCUGGCGCGGCAAAGCUUAGGGCGGAAGCCUUGAAAACGUUUCACAGCAAGUUCUCAAUCACCGACUGCGUUAAGGCACUCGAUGAAUUGCAAGGCGUCAGUGAACAGGUUUAUCUAGCUGCUUUAGAUCUGUUCAGCAAUCGGAAUGCAAGGGAGACUUUUUUAACUCUGAAAGUCGACAAACGCUUGAUUUGGUUGCAAAGGAAGUGUUUGGUAUGUUCUUUCCCAUAGAAGUUUGUAAGUUAGUUUUGUGUGUAUAUUUUCUUUGGAAAUCAAUCGAACUCUCCUAUGUUCUUUUGGA